AUGGCUAAUGAUAGCUCUGCACACCACCUGUACCAUGUGGGAAACUGGAUGCCAGCAGACCACAAGGCCCACAAAGAAUGGCUCGGCGGAGUGAUUCAGGAAGUCGACGAUAACGCACCUCUCCACCCGGUGCUGGAAGAAUUCAAAACCCUGAUCGAAACAAAUACCAGGGUAUACAUGCUCCUGGCUUCAAUGUUCAACGAAGUCCCCCGCCGAAAGAGAUACGGCCACGAUCCAACAGGAAAUCCAGAAAUUCGAGACUAUUCUCACUUCCUGCAAGUCCUCAAUCACCUUCUUACCACUGCACCCUCAUGGACCGAUAAGUCCCACCGUGUUGGUCUGGUCGGGUUACCCAUUAAUGCCGUCCUCGACUGGCCAAUGGGUACGCCGAGUGGAUACGCAGCAUUUCUCGACCCGGAGAUAAACCAGCAACUCAAAAAGAUUUUGAAUGUUUGGGGUGAGUAUCUAAGAUCACCCGCCUCGGCAGAUGUGCUCGGUGCUUCUAAACAUGGCUGGUUCGGGGAGACGGGGCUGCGUGAUCUGACAGCCGUUGCGAAGAUUGGACCUGUUGCCGCAACGAACCUCCAGUUCGGGGAUAUGUUUGAAUGUGACGCUUCUGCACCGAAUCAUGGAUUCAAGUCCUGGGAUCAUUUCUUCACUCGUCAAUUCAGAGAGGGAAUUCGCCCUGUUGCGGAGCCGGAAAAUGGGAAGGUCAUUGCCAAUGCGUGUGAAUCUAAACCUUUCAAAACGGCACAUCACAUUCGUGCCCGUGACAAGUUCUGGAUCAAGUCGCAGCCCUAUUCGGUUCUGGAUAUGUUGGGCCAUGACUCGCUCGCGUCGGACUUUGUCGGUGGGACUAUCUAUCAGGCCUUUUUGAGUGCUUUGAGUUACCAUCGUUGGCAUGCACCUGUUAGUGGUAAGGUUGUCAAGGCGUAUGUUAUAGAUGGAACUUAUUAUUCGGAGCCAUUGUUUGAAGGCGUGGGGAACCCCGAGGUUGACACGAACGAGAUUGAUAUGGCGGGUCAAGUUACCUCGCAGGGAUACAUAACUUCGACUGCUACGCGGGCACUGAUUUUCAUUGAGGCUGAUGAGCCGGCCAUUGGAUUGAUGGCCUUCGUUGGAGUUGGAAUGGCAGAGGUUUCCACGUGUGAAAUCACCGUGAAAGAGGGCCAGAGGGUCCAGAAGGGUGACGAAAUCGGCAUGUUUCAUUUUGGCGGGUCGACUCAUUGUCUGAUUUUCCGGAAGGGUGUGGAUAUCAGUGGGUUCCCAAAGCCUGGAAUGGAAGAUAAUUUUCCUGUAAGAGGGAAAUUGGCGGUGGUGUCAUAA